AUGGCGGUGCCUCGUUUGGCUGUAGUUUGCCGAGUGGUCUCAGAAACCCUGAAGGCUUCCAGAGCAUUAUUAACUUCUCAGACCCCUGGUAGUCCAGGUUUCAGGUUUGUUCUUAGUUUGUUGCCUAAGGAUACACCAAAUGCCACAUCUUUUCACCAGUGUAGAUUACUUCAUACCACGUUGUCAAGGAAAGGACUAGAAGAAUUUUUUGAUGACCCAAAGAAUUGGGGGGAAGAAAAAGUGAAAUCUGGUGCUUCUUGGACCUGUCAGCAAUUAAGGAACAAAAGUAAUGAAGAUUUACAUAAACUCUGGUAUGUCCUGUUGAAAGAAAGAAACAUGCUCCUAACUCUGGAGCAGGAGGCCAAGAGGCAGAGAUGGCCAAUGCCGAGUCCAGAGCGGUUAGAAAAGGUGAUAGAUUCCAUGGAUGCAUUAGAUAAGGUUGUCCAGGAAAGAGAAGAUGCCCUAAGGCUUCUUCAGACUGGUCAAGAAAAAGCCAGACCUGGUGCUUGGAGAAGAGACAUCUUUGGAAGAAUCAUCUGGCACAAAUUCAAGCAAUGGCCUAUACCUUGGCACCUAAAUAAAAGAUACAAUAGGAAACGAUUCUUUGCAAUGCCUUAUGUAGACCAUUUUGUCAGAUUGAGACUUGAGAAACAAGCCCGCAUCGAAGCAAGAAAGAAAAAUUUAAAGAAAAAGAAAGAAAAAUUUCUUCAGGAAAAAUUUCCACAUCUUUCUGAAGUCCAGAAGUCAAGUCUUGUCUAAUAUCUGAACUCUUUUCUUACCAUUUUUUUCUUCAAUAAGUCUGUAUUUGAAAGUAAAUACAUUAUGUGGUUUAUUAAAGAAAUUGGAUUAUCAGUCAAAUAACUAUUAUAAAUUAUUGUAAAUGUGAAUAUAGCAUAAUUCUGGAACUGAUCAUUAAUUUUAAAAAAUCAAGUAUAACAUUCAGAUUAAAUUCCUAUUUUAUAAAUUCUUAUUUCUAAGCAGUUUUACUAUCACCUGCUAUCUGUAAAUAUCAAAGUGAUGUCAACUGCCAUGGAAACACAUUAAGGUGAUUUUUGGAAUUCGUGUUACAUUUUUAUUACUACUAUUGUAGUGGGAUAUGAAGAGGAUGUGGGUACUACUCUUAGUGUAAGCAG